CUUGGGCAGGUUACGGUGGCGAUUAGGGUGAACCGAAUGCGGAGAAGGCAUAAUCUUCUUCAUAUUAAUCUCUGCAACUAUGAACAGAGCUUGAAGAUGAAGAGAGAAUACAAAUCCAUUUCAUGAACAUUACCUGUAAAAAGCUCCAAAUCUUCCGUCUCUUCGAGGAAUACGACAAGGAAUAACUUUCCAGUCGCCUUUCAAGCCAUUCCUUCUCCAUCUCUACUUCCUCUUCCUCAAUCAAUCUUCUUCCUAUAAAUUCUUCUCUUCUUUCUCGAAUUUUCGAUUCAAAAGAAACUACCUCAAAUUCGUAUCUCCAUGUCUCAAAAUUUUAGACCUCGAAUCGCCUUCAAUGCCGGAAUCCCUAGGACCAGAACCGUCCAUUACUACUGGUGUCGAAUCUGUCGACGAAUCAUCAGAAUCAGCUUGGGAAAUCCUCUGGAAAUUUCCAUCACUUGCCCCUUUUGCUCCAGAAAUCUCCGCCAUGAAUUGGACGUCGUUAGGGCACGAUUCCACGGCGAUCCUUCUAAUUUUCUUCAAGAUUCCGGAAAUCACAUGACCAACACGAAUUCUCGCCGGAUGAUCCCGCGGUGGACGUUCGAAACUGACGAUCCUCAUUCUCUGGAUUCUUGGAUUACUCUCCAAUUCUCCAGACCAUCGGAAAACUCCAAUCCCGCGGCGAAUUCCGACAUGGAGGCGAUUCGGAGGGUGAAAAUUACGGAGUCGCAUCUGCAGAAGGAUUCGAGCUGUGCGAUUUGUAAAGAGGAAUUCGAAAUCGGAGGGGAAGUGAGGGAGUUGCCGUGUAGACAUUUUUACCAUUCGGAUUGCAUUGUUCCUUGGUUGAGAAUCCAUAAUACUUGCCCUAUUUGCCGGUACACACUACAGAACGCCAUUGAUGGUGAGAGUUCUGAGGAAUCUGUGGAAGAAGGAGACGGAAGAGGGAAUGGCUGGUGGAAUGUGGUGCGUUCAUGGUGGCCGUUCCGUGUGAUCGGCGAUUUGGCUCGCCGGCUAGGGUUCGCCGAUUAUGGCGAUAAUCUCCUCGCCUUGGAACCCAAAUAUUGCAGCAGAUUCGUGGAUGUACUCUUGGCUGGCUAAUUGACACACCCACCCAUGUACGUAUCUAUCACUUCUUUUUUUUUUUUUUUUUUUUCAUUAGGUUCGUUUAUUUAUUUAUAUUUACUCCCGAACUUAUAGAAAU